AAAAGGUGUCAAAAUUUGAAGUAUUGACAUUAAGGUCAUUAUUAAAAGCGAGUAACACUCUUUCUCCAGAUUUAAAUGAAAAAACUCCUGAAGAGUCCCAACAAACUAGUUAGAAGAGUCCUGUCAAAAUCUUCCAAUAUUUCGCAUGAGACAAAAUCAAACUCGCAAUCAGAAGAUUUGAUGAACCACGAACAGAAUCUGACCCUCGAAAUCGAAUCGUUAAAAAGCCAAAUAGAGAACCUGAAAGAAGCGGUACGGUCUCUACAUAGAGACACCGAAAAGAAAGAAAUAGCUCUGGCUCGAAUAGCAAGGGAGAAGGAAAAAGUUAGUUUGGACUUGUUAAGGCAGCGCAGAUCGAAUAAUAACUUGUUGAAGCAGUUGGAGGAUGAAAGAAAGUACUACUACCACGAAAAGGAGCAGUACUGUAACGAAAUGAACGAGUACAAAAAGUUGAAGAGGGCGAUGAGUACCGCUUCGACUCACAGCGAAGACGGUAUGAGCUUAGAACAGUGUAAAAGAGAACUGGCCAAAGCGAAACAGACUUUGAAUCAUACUUUGGAAGCUAAUUAUAAUUUGAGUAUAAAGUUUUUGAGAAUGAAAAACACUAAAACGUGUUUGAAAACGGAGUUGAAGACUAUGAAGUUAGAGCAUGAAAAGUUAAUAAAUGAUUAUAAAUCAAAAAUGGAAAGUCUCUCCGAAGAACUAAACAUGAUAAUUAAUGAAAGAAUAAGUACGCCGAUAUCUUGCAGCAGCAAAAAAUAUUUGCAAUUGGUGAAGCAAAAUAGCUGUAUAGUAUACGAAAACCUCUGUUUGCAACUGGAAAUUGACAAUUUACGUUUGAAAUAUGAAAAGGUCAAAAUUGAGAAGAAUAAAACUGAGAGUAACAGCAAAUUAAAAUAUGCUAACAGUGAAACAUCAAAUUCGAAGAAUUUUUAUAAGUCCACUACAAGAAAACAGCAGAAAAAAGUUCGGAUAAAAGAUGAGGCACCUGAAAAACUAGAAAAAGAUAUAUCGAGCAUCCCAUCGACCAGUAAGCAAUCGACUGAACAUACAAGUAAAAAUAUAUUGAAGAUUUAUGAAAGAAAUGAGCUGCCUGGGAUUCCCAAUAUAGAAAUACUGAACGAACGUGAGAUAUCUAAACCAAGAACUAGUUCAGAACAAAUCUCUAGACAAAUACCCACCGUUCAAGAGAGAAGUUGUAAAGAAAAUAAGCACGAUACUUUGAUUAAAAACGUUUUAGAUAAUCCCGGUUCUAAAUUGACACUUUUUCAAGUAUCCAAUACCGCAUCUCAAACUUCAACGACCUAUAGUGGUGGAUUAACAAGAGUUAACUCUUCACCAGAUAUUUUAUUACGGAGAAAAUAAUAUUCUUUAAUAGGUUUAUAUUAUUUGUCUAUGUUUUAAGUUUAAAUAAAAUGAAU